AUGCCCAAAUACCCUGACCCCGAUGAUGACACUGACUCUAUGGACUCCGACCUCACAUCCUCGGCUGACGCCCCGCUGGAACAGAUCAUGUACCUCCUCUCGGACCGACUGUCUAUCGAUCGAGCCGACAACCUCCACCUCGUGGGACAGUACCUCAAGAUCUCUGGAUACUUCAAGGGCAUGUCGUUCCCCCCCAAGCUCAUCGAGGACUACUAUAGGUCGCUUGCACCUCAGGCGCGUGAUCCCAAGAUACUUCGUGCGUAA